AUGAAAGUUCAUAAGUUUUCCGAUGGGUUUUCGUCGUGGGAUCAACAUGACUCGCCUUCAUCCCUUAGCCUAAGCUGCAAACGCCUCCGUCCUCUCGCCCCAAAGCUCUCCAGCAGCCCUUCCUCUCCUCCUUCUUCUUCCUCUGGCAUCACUUCAGCCACUUUCGACCUCAAGUCCUUCAUUAGACCUGAUCAAACCGGCCCGCGGAAAUGUGAAUACCCUAUUGAACAUAAAAGAGAUCCUCCUCAAGUAGAGACGCACCCGGGAGGGACACGGUGGAACCCGACUCAAGAACAAAUAGGGAUACUUGAGAUGUUGUACAAAGGAGGAAUGCGCACUCCUAACGCUCAACAGAUCGAGCAUAUCACAUCUCAACUCGGUAAGUAUGGCAAAAUUGAAGGGAAGAAUGUGUUCUACUGGUUCCAGAACCACAAAGCACGUGAGAGACAGAAGCAGAAGAGGAACAACCUCAUCAACCUAAGUUGCCAAAACAGCUUCAACUCCAUUAGUGUCUCUAACCCUUGCGCAACAACCAAGACAAGAACAUCAUCGUCGCUAGACAUCAGGAGAGAUUCAGUGGAGUUAGUGGAAGAUAAUGGGUACAAGAGGACAUGUAGGAGCUGGGGAUUUGAGAACUUAGAGAUAGAGAGCAGAAGAAACAUAAAUGCUACUUUUGAUAAAAUCAUUGACAAUGUUACACUCGAGCUUUUCCCUUUGCACCCUGAAGGUAGAUGA